ACACGACGAUACAUAAUAAUCAGCAGAAAAGGCGUCGUGCCUCGUCACCGUAACUUCAAAAACAGUCGCAGAACUUCCAAAGCCCUCACUUGAGCAGGGGAAAUAAUGGCGAUGACCCAUGCCGAGCUCGUGUUCAUCCCAACCCCUGGCAUGGGCCAUCUCAAGGCAAUGGUCGAGAUGGCCAAGCUCGUCGUCAACCGCGACCCCCGCCUCUCCGUCACCGUCCUCAUCAUGAAGUUUCCCUUCGACUCCUUCGUCGACUCGUACACAAACUCGCUUGCCACCUCCGUGGCUGCCCCACGCCUCCACUUCGUCCACCUCCCGCGCGAGGACACCGACACUGAAUUCUCCUCGAGCCAUUUCCUCACCAAUUUCGUGGAAAGCAACAAGCCCCAUGUUAAGCGGGCUGUUGCUGAGCUCGCUGACUCGGCCGGCUGGACUGGGCGCCUCGCAGGGUUCGUUCUUGACAUGUUCUGCACUACCAUGAUCGAUCUGGCGGACGAGCUUGGAGUCCCGUCAUAUGUCAUGUUCACGUCGAGCGCUGGGUUCCUCGGCAUGAUGCUGCACCUCCAGUCGCUGCAAGACGAGUACCAUGUGGACAUAACCGAAUUCAAGGACUCAGCCGCCGAGAUGGACUUCCCGAGUUUCACAAACCCGUUGCCAACCAAGGUCUUACCGCCCCUGGUUCUGACGAAGGUAACAGUCCGACCGUUCCUGGAGCACGCUAGGAGGAUGAGAGAGACCAAGGGAAUUAUUGUAAAUACGUUCGACGAGCUCGAACCACAUGCACUGAGGUCCUUGGCGGGCCUCGGGGCGCCCGCGGUGUACCCCAUUGGGCCCAUACUGAAUCUGAAGGGUGAGACUAACACGAAGGCCUACGGUGGCCGCCAAGGCGAUGACAUCAUGGAGUGGCUCGAUGAGCAACCGCCUUCAUCGGUGGUUUUCCUGUGCUUUGGGAGUUUUGGGAGCUUAGGCGAGGACCAGGUAAAGGAGAUGGCCUGCGCGUUGGAGCGAAGCGGGCACCGCUUCCUGUGGUCUCUACGACAGCCGCCGCCGAAGGGCAAGGUUUGGUUCCCAAGUGACUUAGUGGACCCUACGGAGGUUUUGCCUGAGGGGUUCUUGGACCGGACGGCCGCCGUCGGGAAAGUGAUUGGAUGGGCCCCACAAGUUGCUGUCCUGGCCCACCCAGCAAUUGGGGGUUUCGUGUCGCACUGUGGAUGGAACUCCACCCUAGAGAGCAUAUGGUUCAACGUGCCGGUGGCAACAUUGCCUCUACACGGAGAGCAACAGUUCAAUGCAUUCGAGCUGGUGGUGGAGCUGGGCCUUGCAGUGGAGAUCAGGAUGGACUACAGGAGGGAUCCCAGGAUGGAGAGCGAUUUCGUCGUGACAGCGGAGGAAAUAGAGGGUGGAAUAAAGAAGUUAAUGGAGGAGGUCGACGGCGAGAGGAGGAAGAAGGGGAAGGAGGCGAGUGAGAAGAGUAGGAAGGCGUUAGUUGAGGGCGGCUCUUCUUACUUGUCUUUGGGCCGUUUAAUUGAGGACAUCUUGAAUAAUAUGCCUUAAUUGAGGUGACUGCAAUGGUUUUAGCAGUUCUGGUCUAUGCCCGUUGAAUAAAGAGAAGUGGCUUUCGUUGUGCUA